AUGCCGUCGAAGGAGGCGUCUAUGUACCAGAAUCGCUCGAGCCGAUGCUUUAGCUGCCCUACGUGCGCGACAGCACUGUCCACAGCGUUUCAAGAGAGUAAUCAGCAAUACUUUUUUUUGUGUGCGCACUGCCGCUGGGACUCGCUAGAGCUGGGGCUGGUUGAUGACGACCCGGACGCGCUGAUUAUGAUGGCUAUCACUCGAGAACGUCAAGCGGUUCAUGAGGAUAUGUAUCAAGCUUUACACUCGCACUUCACAAUGCUUUCGGGCUCGUUGGUGGAUGUUAAGAUUGCUGGCGUGAUGUCGUCAAACUCUGGGACUACAUUCGGACGCAGCACCUCUCUACAAAUGCUUGCGGACUCAAUGAAGAACAUACAGCGAGAGCAUCGCAUGAAAAAGUUUAAACUGCAAAGGUUGGCGGAAAUGGGAGGGUGGAAGUACGAUCAGGCGCUAGAAAAGGAGCAGGAGAGAACAGAAUGGCUGAUGCAGCAGAGCCGCGAACAUCAAUGGCCAGAGCUAAAGCGUCAGCUUGCAGAGCUGCAGGCUUUAGGGACUGUGUGGGACGAAACUUCACCAAAAAAGACACGGGAGAUGUUAGAAAUAUUUUCACAAAGAUGUGAUAUGGGGCCACUGCUGCGAGCGAAGCGCGCUUGGCGAUGUGUUGAGUCCAUCAAGCGUGGAACAGCAGGCAUCCUUGUAAAGCCCCAAAUAAGUCCCAUGAGUGGUGACAGCUCAUUGCCGGUGUCGUCGUCUUGGUUUAAAAAAGCCAACCUAGCCACACACUACGUACCUAUUGUUACGUUUCAGCGAUUGCCUUACCACACUGGAAAUGCAGGAUGUUAUGAAUGUAUUCUCCUGAUCGAAAACCCAUUAGACGAUGCCAUUCGCAUCACUUUUCGUCCCGCGACCUUUGAAGCUGAUGAAGGUAUUUUCUUGAAUGGACAGGCUGUAUUACAGGAUUCGACUCCAAUUAUUAUUGGGCCCUACGAAGAUCCAAAUCUUGCGGAUGCUUUUAUCGACGAGAAGCGUACUGUCGAUGCAUACGGUAACAAGAACAAUGAAAUGCUGCUUCAAUCUACCCGAAAUCUAAUCAAGAUCAAGUUUCCACUCGUUGUAAAACCUGCUAGCUCAAAUUUCAGUAUCUCUGCACUAUUCAUCAUGGACACAGAAAAAUUCGACGAAGACGCGAAUGAAGUGAUUGAAAAAUCACGUUUGAGUGUCCCUGUCGUGAUUACAGCCCCGAUACCGCAAUAA